AUGUAUUUUGGACUUGGACAGCUGUCGAUACUCUGGAUCCAGGCUGGCUUCAGAAUGUUCAUCAAUUUUCUUUGUAACGUUUGUCGAUUUGUUAACCUUUCUUUUGCUUCCUUUGGUGGCUGGUUAAUGGAAGUGUGUAGCAGAUGUCAUGCUGAGAAUAAGAGAGAGAUAUUGAGUCUAGAUGUUUAUGACAGCUGGCUAUCCACGGGAUCCAGGCUGGCUUCAGAAUGUUCAUCAAUUUUCUUUGUAACGUUUGUCGAUUUGUUAACCUUUCUUUUGCUUCCUUUGGUGGCUGUUAAUUUAUUAACUAAAUUGCCUGCAGAAUAUAGUUCAUCGGAUCUCAAUGAAGAUUAUUUGGGUUCUAAUUUGUGUUUUCAUUUACUAUUACUAUUUGCCUUGCAGGAUGUAACAGCUACUAAAGGAAAUGAAUUUGAAGACUACUUUUUGAAGCGCGAGCUGCUUAUGGGAAUAUAUGAGAAGGGAUUUGAGAGACCUUCUCCAAUUCAGGAGGAGAGUAUUCCAAUUGCUCUCACUGGAAGUGAUAUCUUGGCUAGGGCAAAAAAUGGAACUGGGAAAACUGCUGCCUUUUGCGUUCCUGCCCUGGAGAAAAUUGACCAAGAUAACAAUGUUAUUCAAGUUGUUAUUCUUGUCCCAACACGAGAAUUAGCUCUUCAGACAUCACAAGUUUGCAAAGAGCUUGGGAAGCAUCUAAAAGUUCAAGUCAUGGUUACAACUGGUGGAACUAGCUUAAGAGAUGACAUAAUGCGUUUGUAUCAACCAGUUCACUUGCUUGUUGGAACUCCAGGGAGAAUCCUUGAUCUUGCUAAUAAGGGUGUUUGCGUUUUGAAAGAUUGCUCUAUGCUUGUGAUGGAUGAGGCUGAUAAGCUUUUGUCACCGGAGUUCCAACCUUCCAUCGAGCAGUUAAUUCGUUUUUUGCCUUCAAACCGUCAGAUCUUAAUGUUCUCUGCUACGUUUCCUGUCACGGUGAAAGAUUUCAAAGAUAGAUACCUGCGGAAGCCUUAUGUCAUCAACCUUAUGGAUGAGCUAACUCUCAAGGGUAUAACACAGUAUUAUGCAUUUGUUGAAGAAAGACAGAAAGUUCACUGCCUCAAUACUCUCUUUUCGAAGCUUCAAAUAAACCAAUCUAUUAUUUUCUGCAAUUCUGUGAAUCGAGUAGAACUUCUUGCCAAGAAAAUCACGGAGCUUGGCUAUUCUUGUUUCUACAUUCACGCUAAGAUGCUUCAAGAUCAUCGCAACAGAGUUUUUCAUGACUUCCGCAAUGGUGCCUGUAGGAAUCUUGUUUGCACAGAUCUAUUCACGAGAGGUAUAGAUAUCCAAGCAGUCAAUGUCGUUAUCAAUUUUGAUUUUCCAAAGAACUCAGAGACAUAUUUACACAGGGUUGGACGAUCUGGAAGGUUUGGACAUCUUGGGUUAGCUGUGAAUCUGAUAACCUAUGAAGACCGUUUCAAUUUGUAUAGGAUUGAACAAGAACUUGGGACAGAGAUCAAGCAGAUCCCUCCACAUAUAGAUCAGGCUAUAUAUUGUCGUUAAUUGUGGUGACAACUCCUGUUCAUUGUCGAAAGAAACAUCUGGCUGCACGUUCGAAGUACAUGAUCAAGUGUGCGGUGCUGUAUUAAACUGUGCCUUUGGUAAUUGAAGACUUUGUAUUUUGACUUAUGAGGCAGACAAUGCCAGAAUUUCAGGCACAUUUCUUUGUCCUUUAAAGUAUUCACCAUCUUAUGUAUGUUCGGGAUAAUAUGUCAAGUUCACUUUGCAGUUGCCUUCAGUUCUGUCAGCAACUCGACGUUCUUAUUUCCAAUGGGGCUAGUUUGGUUUAUUUGCACAUCCUGUAAGAUUAAUGCAAAAUCUGUUGGUGAUCUUCUGUUAUUA